AUGGCACACAAUUCUACCUGUCUAAGCCAAUCGGAACCAGAGCUCAAUAUCGAUGAUGUUAUAGAGCCAGAUACAAGAGAAUUCUUGGAGAUUUACUCUGGAAUCAAUCCCACCGAUGUGAAUGUUCACGUCGCAAGAAUUGCCAAACGAGGAUGGGAGUUUAUACUGCCACAAUUACCCGCGUACACGAGAAUCGUCGACCGAGUUGAACAAGGAGCGUUGUUCAUAGACCUAGGCUGCGGACUUGGCCAGGAUAUCCGGCGGCUGGCGUAUGAUGGCGCGCCGUCCGAGAAUCUGGUGGGGUUGGAUCUCCGCAACGCGAUUACUGAGCUAGGGUAUGACCUGUUCAAGGAUAGGGACACGUCGAAAGCGAGGUUUAUUUCUCAAGACUUCUUUCAAAACACACUGGAGUUGAGAAAAAUGACGGGAAAGGCUGAAAUCAUCAACUCCGGCCUUUUCAUGCAUCUUUGGGAUUGGGCUGGGCAAAUUAGGAUCGGGUUGCAUUCUGGGGGGGGGGGGCGGGACUCCGGUAACCACAAGGCUGAAGGCUGGAUCGAGAGGUAUGUUCAUAAUGAGAUGUCUUUUCGACAGAUGUGGAUAGAAAUCGAGAGACUGACAGGAGCUCGUUGCAAAUUGGCCCUCAGCGCAGAGGAAGAAUCCGUAAUUCUGUAG